CGGGCUCAGCAUCAUCACACCGAUAGUCAGCAUCUCCUAAAUGCAGCAUCAGAUCUGCAGGACUGCAAUAGUUCCUGGACAUAAUGUGCAUGUCUCAGUAAAGCCUGGACCUUUCUCAGUUAAAAGCACUGAGUUAUACUAAUUUUGCACAAGGACAAUAAAAAUGAGGCGUGACCGCGACAGAGAGCGCGAUGAUCGGCCCAGGGAUCGGGACAGAGACGUGAAGUCCUCCAGCAUGCCCCGCAGCGUGGCUUCGUCUGGCAGUGCGGGCUUCUCUAAACAGCCCUCCCUCCAGCAGCAGACCAACCCCUACACCAACCUGCCCCACACGCCUCGCUACUACGAGAUCCUGAAGAAGCGCCUGCAGCUGCCUGUGUGGGAGUACAGAGAGCGCUUCACCGACAUCCUCAUGCAGAACCAGUGCUUUGUGCUGGUCGGGGAGACAGGAUCUGGGAAAACCACACAGAUCCCUCAGUGGUGUGGGGACAUGGUGCUGGCAGUGGAGGGUCCGAAGAGAGCGGUGGCCUGCACCCAGCCUCGCAGGGUCGCCGCCAUGAGCGUCGCCCAGAGGGUCGCCGAUGAGAUGGAUGUGAUGCUGGGCCAAGAGGUGGGCUACGCCAUCCGGUUUGAGGACUGCAGCUCUGCCAAGACGGUGCUCAAGUACAUGACAGAUGGAAGGCUGCUGCGGGAGGCCAUGAACGAUCCUCUGCUCGAGCGCUACGGUGUCAUCAUCCUGGAUGAGGCUCACGAGCGCACGUUAGCCACAGAUAUCCUCAUGGGGGUCCUCAAGGAGGUCGUCCGCCAGAGGGCUGACCUCAAGGUCAUCGUCAUGAGUGCCACGCUCGACGCCGGAAAGUUCCAGGUGUACUUUGACAACUGUCCACUGCUGACCAUCCCCGGGCGCACCCACCCCGUGGAGAUCUUCUACACCCCCGAACCGGAGCGGGACUACCUGGAGGCGGCCAUCCGAACCGUGGUCCAGAUCCACAUGUGCGAGGUGGACGAAGGCGACCUGCUGCUCUUCCUCACCGGACAAGAGGAAAUUGACGAAGCCUGCAAGCGGAUCAAGAGGGAGGUGGACGACCUGGGGCCUGAAGUCGGGGACAUCAAGAUCAUCCCGCUGUACUCCACCCUGCCCCCGGCGCAGCAGCAGAGGAUCUUUGAGCCACCCCCACCCACCAAACCAAGCGGUGCCAUCGGAAGGAAGGUCGUGGUGUCCACAAACAUCGCCGAGACGUCCCUGACCAUCGACGGCGUGGUGUUUGUAAUUGAUCCUGGAUUUGCCAAGCAAAAGGUAUAUAACCCCCGUAUCAGAGUGGAGUCCCUUUUGGUGACAGCCAUCAGUAAGGCGUCGGCCCAGCAGAGGGCGGGCCGUGCCGGACGUACAUGCCCAGGAAAGUGUUUCCGCCUUUACACAGAGAAAGCUUACAAGACAGAAAUGCAGGACAACACGUAUCCAGAGAUCCUGAGGUCUAACCUGGGCUCUGUGGUGCUGCAGCUGAAGAAACUGGGGAUCGACGACCUGGUGCACUUUGACUUCAUGGACCCUCCAGCUCCAGAGACCCUGAUGCGUGCCCUGGAGCUGCUGAACUAUCUGGCGGCGCUGAAUGACGACGGUGACCUGACAGAGCUGGGCUCCAUGAUGGCCGAGUUCCCCCUGGACCCCCAGCUGGCCAAGAUGGUGAUCGCCAGCUGUGAAUACAACUGCUCCAACGAGAUCCUCUCCAUCACCGCCAUGUUGUCAGUCCCACAGUGCUUCGUCCGACCCACGGAGGCUAGAAAGAUGGCCGACGAGUCCAAGAUGCGCUUCGCCCACAUCGACGGAGACCACAUGACGCUGCUCAACGUGUACCACGCCUUCAAACAGAACAGCGACUCCAACCAGUGGUGCUACGAGAACUUCGUGAACUACCGCUCGCUGAUGUCGGCGGACAACGUGCGGCAGCAGCUGGCGCGGAUCAUGGACCGCUUCAGCCUGCCGCGGCGCAGCACCGAGUUCACCCACAGAGACUACUACACCAACAUCCGCCGCGCACUCAUCACCGGCUUCUUCAUGCAGGUGGCUCACCUGGAGCGCACCGGACACUACCUGACGGUGAAGGACAACCAGGUGGUGCAGCUGCACCCGUCCACCGUGCUGGACCACAAGCCGGAGUGGGUGCUCUACAACGAGUUCGUGCUCACCUCCAAGAACUACAUCCGCACGUGCACCGACGUCAAACCAGAGUGGCUGGUGAAAAUCGCCCCGCAGUACUAUGAGAUGAGUAACUUCCCCCAGUGUGAAGCUAAGAGACAGUUGGAGCGUCUCAUUGCCAAAGUCUCAUCCAAGGAGUACACUCAGUACUGAGAAGCUGCAUGAGCUGCCCAGCAUCCUCAGCAUCUGGACAUCAAACAUGAACUUUUCUUUCAUCAACAACUGAUUCUCUAUUUUUGGUCUCACUUAUUCGUGUUCAUGAUGAUUGAUGAACUAUGUGCUUUGAAGGCCACCUUGUGUCAGUAUUUCUGCAGGUUUGGCACUACCAGAAAUGGACUGUAUGUAAUCAGGAUUUUAGUCAUCAACCAUUUCGGUUUAAAGCAUGUACAUUCCUCCAUACUAAGUCACAGCUUCUAGGCUUGCUGGGAAGCUUUUGAAAAUAUAAUUUAUACUGUAAUUUUUAAUGUGGGCAUAAUGUAUUGUUUUUCUUGUCAUGGAAAUACUAAGAGAGGCACUCUGCUCACAUUCUCUGCUGCUGUUCAACUUAAUAAAAAUUACUUUGUAAUAAAACCUUU